UUGUUUGGGAUGUAGCUUCUGUAAGUCGACCAUGACUUGCGCUGCUUUCCUUACCACUACGGCUUCUGCUCUGCGGCAAACGGCCCAUCAGUCAACCAUCACUGGUCUAAAGGUGUUUCCGGUAGAUUCAUCUUCGCACGUGGAAGCAUCGGCUGCCACAACAAGUCUUGUCAACAGCUUGGCAACCGCUGCUGCCACAUCAUCGACAACAAAGGAAUUUGAACCCAUACUGCCAGAUACUUCUGCCUUGCUUGGGAUCGGUGCUGUUGUACUUGCCUCAGCGGCCGCAACUUGGGUUUGGGCCAAUCAAGUGGUACCGACUAGUCGCACAAAGUUGGCUUUGUCGAAGCGACAAGGAGACGUCAAGGAAUACCUGGAAGAAUUAGAAGAUGCAUCUGGCGAACGACAAUUCGAAGAGUGGCUCUUUACGGAUUGGUUAGAACAGCGAAAUAAUGCUACCGGUUCUCAGAAGAAGGAACCAGCUUUGCCUAUCCUGAAAAAAGCAAAAUGGAACUCUGGUGAUAACCCAGUAUUGGCUGCAACCGCAUUGAUUCUUUUGGGGAUCACGCUUACAGCCUUUACGGAACGAGUGUCCUCCAUGCUCUCCUAAAACGCCGUACCGGUACGGUACAGAUAUGGCAAACAGGACAAUACAACAAAACAACUUAUUCUUCAGUUUGUACCUAGCUAGCGGACGGUACCGGUAGCUAGAGUUGGUGAAAUCACAAUUUAUUGACUAGUUUAUGCACAAACUGAAAUUCAAUGAUAGGUACCUAGACGUCAAC